AUGGCUUUACCCGGUCAACGUAAGGUUGCCUUUGGAUUCGAAAAGGCCUCACUAUGCUUUCCGGAGCAACGUGCCGGAACAUGGCAACGUCAUAAAUUACGAGACACCGGGGAAAUGGCCGUACGGAAGCGACCAAAAGCGCUGACAGAGCCGAGUCAGAGCCGAGGCCUACCGAUGGGAAUCCCGCGGCCCGCCGCCAAGACCCAGCUGAUUUUGACCAAUAAUGAGCAACAUGUUUCAGGAAAUACUUCUUUCGCACACAAAGGCGGAAUUUUGCUCACUAGCAAAUCCAUCAGGCAGUUCUUUUUUUGGGCCGCAGUCUAUCAAAAUGGGAGCUCGCAGGACCAGGUCCGGGCUGAUAUCGCGUCCGCGAGACACCUCGAACUAUACAAAGCUACGAAAGACGAAGAGGAUCUUCCCGGCCUAGGAAAGCAUUAUUGCGUCGAGUGCUCCAAAUGGUUUGAGAGCGAGCAUAAUAUGGCCGCCCAUACGAAGGGCAAGAACCACAAAAGAAGACUCCGCAUCUUGCGCGAAGAGGCACACACACAGAAGGCUGCUGAGGCUGCUGUCGGCUUGGGUACAGACAAUGGUGUGAGGUCGCAAGAGACCACCGAGAUGGUCCUUAUGGAGGAUUAGAUUCUCGCCAUGAAGUGAAAUUGCCUAUCGCAGUGCUUUCUCGGCUGUCACUGCGAUGCAGGAUAGCUCCAAGAGCAUCGGCAAGAGCUCUGCUGGCAACAUAUCUACUCUCAAUGGGCUUGAAAAAAAUUUUCGCGCAUCUACGCCGUUUUGACGUCGUUGUUUCACGGACGAUAUUACUGGCUGCAUGUCGACGAAAGAAUCACCCAAUCAGCGAUGGGCCAAAAUCGCUGGACAACACGUGAAACCACAUGCGCCGAAAACCGCCAGUGGGGGUGGAAAGUUCCCGGAUAC